AUGCCGUCGUUAGGAAGUUUUCUGAAAAAGAAGAAGGCCAAGGACUCACACGGUUCGAACGAGAUCAGCACACCCACCUCGCCCGUCGUCGAACGAGGCGGCACGCCGCUCUCGCCUACCGUCACCCAGAGUAGCACAUUCAGCAGUACUCACGAGUUACAGUCGGCAGACUCGCCACAACAAACAUCGACCGGUGCCAGUCCUGCUGCCCCUCCGAGUACGGUCACCGCUGCCAACACACCUUCUGCACCUUCUGACGAGAAGGACAAGAUGGCCACUCAGCCACACAUACAAAACCUACUCAAUCAGCCUGCACACGGGACAUAUCAACAUGGCGUGGAUACUUCGCAAGGUAACGUUGGCGGCGUGCCCACCUUGCAGAACCUGGCGACGGGACCUCUCCAAAAUCCCAAGCGAGAGACAAAAGGGAAAUACACUCUGGCCGAUUUCACCAUAUCACGGACUCUAGGAACUGGUUCCUUUGGCCGUGUUCAUCUCGUUCAGAGCAAGCACAAUCAACGCUUCUACGCCGUCAAGGUUUUGAAGAAGCAACAAGUCGUGAAGAUGAAGCAAGUUGAGCAUACCAACGACGAGCGCAAGAUGCUGCAACGAUGUCGCUUUCCCUUUCUCAUCACGUUAUGGGGUACAUGGCAAGACUCCAAGAACUUGUACAUGGUCAUGGAUUUCAUCGAAGGAGGCGAGCUCUUCAGCCUACUACGGAAGUCUCAACGGUUCCCGAAUCCCGUCGCCAAAUUCUACGCUGCCGAAGUCACCCUCGCCCUCGACUAUCUCCACUCCAUGAACAUCAUCUACCGCGAUUUGAAACCCGAGAACCUACUCCUCGACCGUCAUGGACACAUUAAGAUUACAGAUUUUGGUUUUGCAAAGGAGGUGCCGGACAUCACCUGGACACUGUGCGGUACCCCAGAUUAUCUCGCGCCUGAGGUCGUGGCGAGUAAAGGAUACAACAAGAGUGUAGAUUGGUGGUCCCUCGGCAUCCUGAUCUUCGAAAUGCUCGCUGGCUUCACGCCCUUCUGGGACGCCGGCAGCCCGCUAAAAAUCUACGAAAACAUCCUCAAGGGCCGCGUCAAAUACCCUCCCUACAUCCAUCCGGACGCCCAGGAUCUCCUCUCCAAACUCAUCACCGCCGAUCUCACUCAUCGCCUUGGAAACCUGGUCGGCGGCUCUCGAGACGUCAUGCAGCACCCGUGGUUCGCCGAAGUUACCUGGGAACGACUGCUCAAGAAGGAUAUCGAUGCGCCGUACGUUCCACCGGUUCGCGGCGGCGUGGGUGAUGCCAGUCUGUUCGAUAAGUACCCUGAGGAGACGGAAGCUUAUGGGCAAAGUGGAGAGGAUGCGUAA